AUGACCAUUGUUCAUUCACGCAUGCGCACCUCUGGUGCUCUGGAUAUGUAUGCCUACGUUGAUGCCACGAAUGCUUUGGGAAGAGAAUACCUUGAUCUUCAGCUGUCAUCUAUAGUUUCAGAUGACAGCAAGGUAAAGGACCUAGCAAUUACAGCAUCUGAGCGAGGCGUGAUCGUCCUACGCCACCAGGAUAUCGGCAUGGACCAGCUUAAAAGCCUCAUUCAGAGAAUGGGAGAAUUAACUGGCAAACCUAAGGAAGCAAAAUUACAUAUUAACCCAAUACACCCCGAUGUUAACUCCUGCCUGGGAGACGACGAGGUUCUACGCGACCCCGAAAUCUAUGCAGUGUCAUCCGAGCAUAAUCGCGAUAAAUUUGACGAUUAUCUGAACACGAAGCAUAAGCAAUUUGCCAGUCGAGGUUGGCAUGCUGAUACCUCCUACGAGAAUAUCCCAUCGGACUAUAUUGCGAUAAAAAUGGUGAAAGCUCCAAUGACCGGAGGUGACACCCUUUUUGCCUCCUGCUACGGGGCCUAUGACCGCUUGUCCGAGCCAUGGCAGAGGAUGGCUGAUUCACUCUCCUCAACACAUCAUGAACCAGACAUCAUGCCACUUGCUGAUAAAGGAAUCAAUCUUUGGCUGGGUCCCAGAGGCCAUCCACAGAAUUUUGGUGGUUCGUUCGAGGCAACUCAUCCCCUCGUAGUAACCAAUCCGGUAACUGGCUGGAAAGCACUAUGGGGUUUUAGUCCAAUCUCGAUGCGCGCUAAUGGGAGAAUCAAUGGUGUUACCGAUCAUGAGCAGGAAUUGAUGAAAGCCUACUUUUUGAAGUUGAUUACAGACAAUCAUGAUUUGCAAUACCGCCACCGUUGGAAGCCUGAUGAUAUCGUGAUUUGGGACAAGUAA